AUGGCAAUAGAGCUCGACGUUAGCGAGCUCAACAUCGUCAUCUCCAUCUUUGGAUUCUUCAUAAUUGCUUACGGGGCUAUCUCGAUUAAGAUCAAGCAGAGAUGGUACUUGGGUGAAGCUUUGCCUGCCAUGGUGCUCGGCAUUUUUCUCGGUCCAGUGAUUGCGAAGUGGCUAGACUCACGCCGUUGGGGUAUGGCCAUUAUCGGGCAGGUUCCAGCGAUUACACUGGGGAUGACUCGCAUAGUCAUUGGUGUGCAAUUGGUGAUUGCAGGCUUUCAACUACCUGCAAGAUAUUUAAUCUAUCGUUGGAAGGAGAUGCUUAUCUGCUUGCUACCCGUUAUGACUAUCAUGUGGCUUUGUACCACGGGAUGCAUGAUGCUGGUGGUGCCGAAAGUCAGUCUACUCGCGGCGCUGGUCAUCGGCUCCUGUGUCACAUGCACCGACCCCAUCCUCUCCCAAGCCGUGGCCAAGGGACCGUUCUCUGACAAAUACGUGCGUCGAAACCUACGAGAACUGAUCUCGGCUGAGGCCGGUGCUAAUGAUGGCUUCGGCUUCCCCUUCCUCAUGCUCGCUGUCUACUUGAUUCGCCAUGCUGAGUCACCCGAGCUGAGCCAAGAGAUCGAAACUUCCCUACUCCAGACAGAAGCAUCGGCUGGAGAGGCCCACAAGCUUUUCAAAAGGUUUGGAGAUCUCGUCGCUCGAGCCUUAGAGGAGCACGACACUAUUGGCCGACUUGGUGGAGGCGUGGGAAAAGCGCUCGCGAAUUGGGGUGUUGAAACCUGGCUGUACGUGGUGUUUAUGUCAAUCGCCUACGGUGCGGUAGUUGGCUUCGGUAUGAUGCUCGUGGCCAAGUUUUCGUUGCGCAAACGUUGGAUAGACAGUGAGUCGUACCUGUUGCUUCCUACCGGUAUCGGACUCUUCAUCAUUGGCACUUGUGGUGCGUUGGGCACGGACGACCUCCUGGCAUGUUUCAUUGCCGGUAACGCCUUGAACUGGGAUGGCAAAUAUCUUCAGGAAACCUUGGCAAAGCACGACGAGGUGAACAGUGUGAUAGAUGUUCUCCUCAACUUUGGGGGCUUUAUGUUUAUUGGCACCAUCAUUCCUUGGCGCGAAUUCAAUGAUCCGGACGGAACUGGUCUGACUAUACCCCGACUCUUUGCUCUUGGAAUCUUGGUGGUCAUCUUCCGGCGGAUUCCUGCAAUCUUCAUGACCUACAAGCUCAUGCCCAAGUGUGUCACGAAUUGGAAGGAAGCGUUGUUCAUGGGGUAUUUUGGACCGAUUGGUAUUGGGGCCGUGUUCUACGUCGAGCACACCCGUCAUCUGUUCCCUGAACCGGGGGAAGCAUUGACAGAGGAAGAGAACAACCUUACCAGAGUCAUGGUCCCCGUUGUGUAUUGGCUGGUGUUGUUCUCGAUCUUCUGGCAUGGUCUCUCGAUUCCAGCGCUGAACCUGUUCUACAAGUGGAAGGGAGUUCAGCCGGUACAGGAUGACGAAGGCCCCGUCGAGGUCCGCCUGCUAAGCGAGAAUGAACAACCUCCUAAGAACAGUACCGUUGACCCAGCUCGUCGCAGUGUUUUGAUCAACAACCGUUUCAGUCGUUCCUACAAUACUGCUGAGCUCAAUUUGAAAGCUGUGGAGGACUAUCAACGCCGCACGCAAAAAUGGGAAGAAAAUUGGUACACGGGAAACGACGGUGCAGAAGAGAAGCUUGCUGGCGGCCAGAGAUGGUCGACCAAGCAGUUACCAGGCAGAGCUAUAUAUCUUCCUCACCCACGACAAUCUCGGUCCAGCAGUGGUGCCAAGGACCCUGAUGGAUCACUUAAAGUCGAUCCAACCGCGCCUUCGAGAGCUAUCAAGUGGGUAUAG